AUGGGUUACUUCUUCUCUUGCGUCAUCUUCUUGAUCAUUGUUAUCCUUCAAGCUCCUCUUCUCUCAUUGUCCAUCAAUUCACAAGGAUUUGCAUUGUUGAAAUUCCGGGAAAGAGUGAACUCGGAUCCUCAUGGAACUCUUGCAAAUUGGAAUCAUGUUUCUGGUAAUGAUAUUUGCUCCUGGUCAGGAGUAACUUGUGUUGACGGUAAAGUGCAGAUUCUGGAUCUUAGUGGAUGUUCUUUGGAAGGAACAUUAGCUCCUGAGCUUAGCCAAUUGAGUGAACUAAGAUAUCUAAUACUCUCCAAGAACCAUUUCUCUGGUGGAAUUCCAAAGGAGUUUGGGGCAUUCCGGAAGCUGGAAGUCUUGGAUUUGAGAGAUAAUGAUUUGAGCGGACAAAUUCCAUCCGAGCUAAGCAAUGACUUAUCGCUAAAACACUUGUUGCUUUCUGGUAACAAAUUUUCGGGUGAUAAGAGAAUAAAGGUCUUGAGACUUCAAUCGAUGUAUGAAGUCCGGUUAAACAAGAACGCAAAGCUAUCUCCUUUGUCUGUUCUUGGCUGUGAAAAUAGAAAAUUUGGAGAUUGUGUUUCAAGAAACCGUAUCAUUCGAGUAAAAAAGAUAGAAGCUAUUGUGUUCCGGAUAAAAGCAACCUCCAGACGUUUCUUGAAAGCAUUCCCGAGUUUAUUGGAGGAAACUGAUAUCUUCAAACGACGUAAGUUACUCGAGGAAACAAGUAAUUUGGCAGCCGAGCCUGCUCCUUCCGCUCCUAGUCCUUCUCCCGGAAUUAUAACUGAAGCGUUCCCUCGAAGCAGCGGAUCUUUCCCUGCAGUAACUAAUGCAAAGAAGAGAAUAUCGCCUUUAGUCCCUCCUUUACCUUCUCCUCAGAGCAAUAGUUCUGAUCCCUCAAAGAAUCAGCCACAAGAUAAUAAACAGUCAAAUGGAUCAAAACAUGUAUGGUUGUAUGUGGUUAUUGCGGUUGCUUCUUUUGUCGGUUUACUGAUUAUAGUAGCGGUUAUCUUCUUCUGCCGGAAAAGAGCUGUUAAAAGCAUAGGUCCUUGGAAAACUGGUCUUAGUGGACAAUUGCAGAAGGCUUUUGUUACCGGGGUACCGAAGCUAAAUCGGUCUGAGCUAGAAACAGCGUGUGAGGACUUCAGCAAUAUUAUCGAGGCUUUUGAUGGUUACACUGUCUAUAAAGGAACUUUGUCUAGUGGUGUUGAGAUAGCUGUGGCUUCAACCUCGAUUUCUGAAUCUAAAGAAUGGACAAGAGCCAUGGAAAUGGCAUACCGUAGAAAGAUUGAUACAUUGUCACGGAUCAACCAUAAGAACUUUGUGAAUCUGAUUGGAUACUGUGAAGAAGAUGACCCUUUUAAUAGGAUGAUGGUCUUUGAAUAUGCUCCAAAUGGAACCCUUUUUGAACAUUUGCACGAUAAGGAGAUGGAGCAUCUUGAUUGGAGCGCACGGAUAAGAAUCAUAAUGGGAACUGCUUAUUGUCUACAACAUAUGCACGAGAUGAACCCGCCUAUGGCACAUUCGGACUUCAACUCAUCGGAAAUCUACCUAACCGAUGACUAUGCGGCUAAGGUCUCGGAGAUUCCAUUCAACUUAGAGGCGAGACUAAACCCGAAAAAACAAGUGAGUGGUGACUUAGAGCAAGCGUCAUUGCUACUACCUCCAGAACCAGAGACUAACGUCCAUAGCUUUGGAGUCUUAAUGCUUGAAAUAAUCUCCGGAAAGCUCUCAUUUUCAGACGAAUAUGGAUCUAUCGAACAAUGGGCAUCAAAUUAUCUGGAGAACGACGACUUAGGAGAAAUGAUAGAUCCAUCGUUAAAGACAUUCAAAGAAGAAGAGCUUGAAGUGAUCUGCGAUGUGAUACGAGAAUGUCUGAAAACCGAGCAAAGACAUCGACCUUCGAUGAAAGAUGUAGCAGAACAAUUAAAACAAGUACUUAACAUAACUCCAGAGAAAGCUACUCCAAGAUCAUCUCCUCUUUGGUGGGCAGAGCUUGAGAUAUUGUCCUCUGAAGCAACUUGA